AUGGAAUUGUUUCCUAAUUUGGGGGUUUUAAUUGCGUAUAAUCGGAAUCUCUUGCCGUUAUCUUCUAUUACUUAUGAGAGCCUUAGCAACAGAAAGCAAACAGAAAAUGGUCAAAACUCGUGCUCAGAGUAUCAAGCGGAUGAGUGUUGUAGAUGCACUUUGCAUCCGGUCUCAGAUCUCAGUCAAAUCUACCCGGUAUUGUAAGACAGUUAGUAAGCACCUUGCAAAGCUACAGUUAGCAGAAUCUGGAAAGAAUUCAUCAUUGGUAGUCUGUCCUGCUAUGGGGAAAACAAUGAAGUUGUAUUCGAUGGAUGCAAGGAGAUGUAAACUUUCCCUCCUCAGUACUAUUGAUCCAUCUCAAAGAAGCCCUGAGGAGUUCAUGUACAUGAUAUCAUCCUAUAAUGGGAUCAUCUGCUGUGUGAAUAUGAUUUAUGAUGAAGACGUAGAAAACAAGUUCUGUGAUCUCCAGAUAUGGAUAUGCAACCCUUGUACAAGGGAGACUCUCCUUCUUCCCCAAGGAACACCCUCGUUUGAGUUUGAGCCAAGCAUUGGAGUGGCUUAUGGCUCUGAUGUCAGUGACUAUAGGAUUUUCCGUAUAUUCUGCACUGGAAAGAUAAUUCCUGAAGAAAGGGGACCUGCGGAGGGAUAUUAUUUUCAAGAAGGUCGGUAUUUUACAAAAUACAGUCACGUUUUAGCCUACGAAUGCGAGGUUUAUUCGUCCAGCACGGGUUCUUGGAAAAACAUCGGCACCGUGCCUUGUGUUCCUAUGAGUUGUGGUCUUAGGCCAUUCAGAAGAACUGGUCAUAUAUUUGUCGAUGGAAAAGUGUAUUGGCUUGUUUCUUUAGAUGGGCCUGGUAAGAUCCUCUCAGUAGAUUUGGAAGGGAGAUUCGAGGUCAUAAACUUGCCUGCAUAUCCAGAUGGACUAAGAGAGGAAGAGAAGAUCACAGAGGCAAGUCAUUUGGUAAACCUGAAAGGUUCUCUCGGGUUGCUUGUUAUACAAUUAGAUAACAUGGAUCUAUGGGUUUGGAAAUACGACGGCCAGAAGUAUAGUUGGGAUAUUGAAUUGAGCGAUGAUGUUCCAAUAAAAGAUGACGAAUUGAUUUUAGCCGUAACUGCAUUAGAUAACAAGAUCAUAUGUGUGAAUGAUACACACUGGCGUAUAUAUGAUAUGGAGACUAAAAAGUGGAAGAGAAGAAGGGCCCCUCGUACUGGAUUUACGAAUCCUGCUAUGUUCCCAUUCACCGAAAGCGUUCUUCCAUGUAAUGGCGGUGUGAAGCAGUAGAAGGAAACAGCAACAGUGUCGAUGUUCUUUGAUGGGAUGCAGAGAAUGUUGAAUCUGAGAGGUUAUGUGUUUCUCUAAGGAACUUUCAUAUUGGUUUCGGUUUUAAGACUUUUUUUUGCUUGUGUCAGUUUUUGUCUCUCUUUUUUCAAUUUCAACUUGGUUUAUGCAGUUUCUUAUUUUAAGACUUCAUUGAUACUAAUAAGCUGUGGUUGCUUUGUCUCUGAACAAAGUUUUUAUGUUAUAAAAACCAUUAAUGUUC